AUGCGUAGUCUGCUCGAAGACGAUAAAAUCACAACCAUUCGUGAAGUCGAGUCGCAGUCGAGUGCACUUCGAGUGCUGCUGGUCCAGCAACUUGAUGAUAUACAGCGCGUCGCUGACCGCGAGCGCCACCAUAUGCCUCAGCCCUUACGAACACAUAUUGAGGCUACUGUAGAUGAGUGCAAAGUUGAGGUAGAUACCUUGCGGAAAAGUCUCGAUGUCCUCGAUGUACUGAUCCGCCGGGAACACGAUGCAACGCUGACGAAGCUUCAGCUGAAGCUCACCAGGACACAGAUUGAAGAAAGCCGCAAGGCAAUCAAGCAGGCCUCCACAGUCACCCGACUUACAAUUCUGGCAUUCAUCUACAUACCAACGUCGUGCGUAUGCGGCUUCUUCGGCAUGAAUGUUGUCGGUGUGCCUGAUGGCUUUUUCGAUAUUACCACAUUCGCAGUUACGAUUGUCGUCGUUCUGGCCACCACGCUCUGCCUGGCAUUUGCUAACAGGAUCAUGUGGUUUUCACGACGCCUGUGGUGGCGUCUUCUCGAUUCUCCAGCAACAUUGCCUCUGAUUCGCGGUCUUCUCUCCAUGCUGGAUUCCAAUACCGUCGUCCAAAGCUUGAUGCCGGUGAGCAUAUACCUUCGACUUCACUGGUGGGCUCGAAAUCGGGUCACAGGCGUUCCCAGGAAUCCCGGUAUCGAUGCUACGGACGAGGUUUAA